AUGAGGAAGACUAUCAAAAGCAAAGAUAUAAAGUAGAUUAAGCACACAAUUAGAUAUUCAUAAUUUAUAAACACAUUGUUAUCUGUAAUUGUCAAAUCGCAAGCCUUUUCCAUUGAUAGAGAUUCAUAAAAUUAGCAUAAUAUCAUCCAUAUAAAAUUAAUGCUACCAGAAUAAGAGUCUUCAAACUAUUAUUCCUUGCCUUGUGAUGAAUUUUUAUUCAACUAAUCACAAACUCUUUUAUCUUUUUUAAGGGCUUUCAUAACAACAUUUAUAUUCUCUUAAAAGAUAUUAUUAUCAUGGCAAACUGAAAUAUUACAAAUUGUCCUUUCAUUUAAAGUAAUGAUCAUAUUCAACAUCAAAAUGACUGCUACUAUUGUUACGAACAAAAUUAUUUUGAGUCUCUAUUAAGCAUUGUUUUCUUUUUUGAGCAGUAAAAAAAACAAAGCACCAAUAAGCAGCAAAAAUAUGAUCGAAGAUAUGUUCUAGCAUUUGUGA